CAGAUCUAAUGUUUUCGACAACCUUUUAAAACAGGAGGGCUGGAACGCUUGAGGAAUACUCCUGCAUCCCUGUCAACGCAAAAUCUCCUCUAAACCCUCCCUUCUUUAAUCCUUACUUCCAUGGCUGGAUUUCGGAUUCCACCCGAAGAGUCGGACGUCUCACUGCAGCAGCAACCGCUGACAAGAGUCACCGGCGCAGGCGAUCUGGUGUCGGACGACGAAAGGUCUGUGGCAGCGGACUCGUGGUCCAUUAAGAGCGACUAUGGAAGCACGCUUGACGAUGAGCAGCGCCAUGCCGAUGCAGCUGAGGCGCUCUCAUCCGGUAAUUUUCGCGCUGCCUCUGAUUACAGUUCUGACAAGGAAGAACCAGAUCCUGAAGCAGUAUCGUCAAUGCUUGGUUUUCAGAGUUAUUGGGAUUCUGCAUAUGCAGAUGAAUUGGCCAACUUCCGUGAACAUGGCCAUGCUGGUGAAGUUUGGUUUGGAGUUGAUGUCAUGGAUGUUGUUACCUCUUGGACCAAAAGCUUGUGCAUUGAGAUUUCUCAAGGUCAGUUGCCGAAUCAAGUUGAUGAUACCACAUCUGAGCUCAUUGAGCAAGGUGAUAAAUAUUUGUCUGAAUGGAGUGUGCUUGACAUUGGAACUGGCAAUGGCUUACUUCUUCAAGAGCUUGCUAAGCUAGGGUUCUCUGAUUUAACUGGAACAGAUUAUAGUGAAGGUGCUAUUGAUCUUGCUCGAAACCUUGCUGAUCGUGAUGGGUUUUCCAAUAUCAAAUUUUUGGUUGAUGAUGUCCUUCAAACAAAAAUGGGGAGGCAGUUUCAACUUGUCGUGGACAAAGGGACCUUAGAUGCCAUUGGAUUGCAUCCUGAUGGCUCUAUUAAAAGGAUCAUGUACUGGGAUUCUGUUUCAAAAUUAGUGGCCCCUGGUGGAAUAUUAGUCAUCACAUCAUGUAACAGCACAAAAGAUGAAUUGGUUCAAGAAGUGGAAACUUAUAAUCAAAGAAGGAUUAAAGUAACUCAGGAUCCGGAGAACGCCAAAGACCAAGAAGGGUGUGGAGAUCCUCCAUUUAGAUACUACAGUCAUGUCCGCACAUAUCCAACAUUCAUGUUUGGUGGCUCUGUGGGAUCUCGUGUUGCUACUGUGGCAUUUCUCCGGAACUGAGCUUUAGGUCUCUAUAUUGGUGGGUGAUACUUUGUUACGGUUUUUGGUGUUCACUUUUUUGGAAUGGAAGUUUUUUUUGAACGGUUUUAGGUGUUCAUGUGUGGUAAAUGUAAUUCACUUGCUUUUGGAAGGUUGUGUUUAAAAACCAUGAACCUUGUUGGAAUUCAGGAUUGUGGAUGAUACUGGAUUUUUCCUUUGUUGGAGGAUUAUUUCUCUUUAUAAGGCGCUUGGGUAUGCCUAGAUUGGGAUUUGACAGGACUGAUUUGUACUGCAAUCGGUUCAUGGAUUGUGAUAUUCAUCCAUUCUUAGCCAUGCAAGGCUUGCAAGAGAACUUGGCUUUUGGUAA